AAGUCUACUUCUAUCCAAUACAAUGGACAGAACAGAGACAUCAUCUUCGCCGUCCCCGUCUGUCUCUCCUUCUCCUGACUGGCUUUGUGGCUGGCUUUAGCUCAACUUUCAUUCGAAGAUCCAGCCAUUCGAGGAUGAUGUGUCGUUUCUUCCUCCAGUGAUAUCUCAGCCUUGACCCAACAAAUGGAUCUGUCCUGCUUGCCUUGCCCAACUUCUUCUGGGCGCAACAGGUGAAACAGUACGUGGAAAUUCCAGCUGUUGAGUUCUCAACGCGGCUCACUUAGAGAUGUCUGCCAUGUGAAUUGUUAUAAUGGUCCACACGAUACCAAGUGCUUUCUGCGAUGAACAGAAGCUGGUGAAAGAACCAGACGAGCCUCUGAAUCUUUAAUAAAAUGAUAGCUCAUGGCUCAGUGAGAAUGCAUCGGAUGAAAGAGGCUCUUGCACAAAUAGUUUUCAUCCUUUCGUUAAGCAUUCCAUCUGGCAAUUCCGAAUCCUUCGACAACAUUUCUUUCAAUCUCCCGUCUUUUCAAUUAAACGAUCAGAGAAUUACUUUCCAGGGCAAUGCCUCCGUGCUGAACUCCAUCAUCCAACUCACUCUAGGUGUGCCUUUGGACGAACCCACAUAUUUAGUUGGCCGAGCAUUAUAUCAUCAACCGAUGCACCUGUGGGAUAGUUCAACAGGGAAUGUGGCAGAUUUUGUCAGUCAGUUUACUUUCUCUAUCGAUUCCGGUAUGAAAUACUCCCAUGCUGAUGGAAUGGUUUUCUUUCUCGCUCCCAAUGGAUCGCAGAUCCCUGAACGCUCAGAGGGACGCUUUCUAGGCCUCACAGGUUCGACUUUAAACUCUACCAACUCUAGUACUGCAUUUGUUGCGGUAGAGUUUGACACUUUCUAUGACCAUUCAACAAAUACAUGGGAUCCGCUCUGUAAUCAUGUCGGUAUCAAUGUAAACAGCCUGGCUUCUGUCAGUAAAACUUGUGUCUCAUGGAUGAAUGACAAGAUACUCCAUGGUCAACAACUACAUGCUCAGGUCACAUACAAUUCUACAGCAAUGAACUUGAGUUUUGUUUUUCAAGAUGAUGAUGACAAUUAUACCAGCCUUUACUAUCAGCCAGUCAACCUGAGAGAGUACUUGCCAGAAUGGGUGGUCUUCGGUUUCUCGGCAACGACAGGGCAGUUGUUUGAGGCUCAUACAAUUUUAUCAUGGGAAUUCAACUCUAGUCUACAAAUCCUUGACGAUGUAAAUGGCACGACCAAUGUGACUCCCGUUGACACACCAACAAGAGGGAAAAAGAGUAAGUCCUGGGUGAAGGGGGCUAUUUUAGGCUUAAGCUCUUUGGUGCUUAUUAUCCUUGUUCCAGGAUUUGGCUGGUAUGGUUAUAAGCUAAAGAGAAAUAGAAAUGAUCGAAGUGGAGAAGAAGAAGAAGAAGAAGAUGCUCCAGGAAUUGACGAAGGAUUUGAACAGUCAAGGGGACCCAAGGAGUACUCCUAUAAUGUCUUGGCCGUCGCCACUAACAACUUUGCGAAUACUCGGUUGCUUGGGGAAGGGGGUUUCGGAGGAGUCUAUGAAGGCCACCUCGCUGAUACAAAUUCCCACGUCGCCAUCAAGAAGAUCACUCCAGAGUCCAAACAAGGCGUCAAGGAGUAUGCCACCGAAGUGAAGACAAUUAGACAUCUCAGGCACAAAAAUUUGGUGGAGCUCAUCGGUUGGAGUCAUGAGAGAAACAAGUUCCUCCUUGUGUAUGAGUACAUGUCUAACGGUAGCUUAGACUCUCAUUUGUUCAAAGAUAAAAUGCCGCUGCCAUGGGAAAAGAGGUACAAUAUUGCUCAAGGCAUCGCCUUAGGGCUGAAAUACUUGCACGAGGAUUUGAAACAAUGUGUCGUGCACAGGGAUAUAAAAUCUAGCAAUAUCCUACUUGAUGCACAAUUUGAGGCUAAAUUAGGCGAUUUUGGCUUGGCUCGGAUAGUCGACCAUGCCAAAGGGUCACAAACAACCCUAUUGGCUGGGACCAUGGGAUAUUUGGCUCCUGAAUGUAUCUAUACAGGUAAGGCAAGCAAGGAAUCCGAUGUCUAUAGUUUUGGAGUCGUCCUCUUAGAAAUAGCAUGUGGAAGAAGAGCUAUCGAACCCAGGGCAUUGCAAGGCCAAAUUCAACUUGUGGAAUGGGUUUGGGAGCUCUAUGGAAUCGGAAAGCUAUUCAAUGCGGUAGAUCCAAAGUUAGUAGAAAAUUUCGAUGGGAGGCAGAUGGAGCGCUUGAUGAUUGUAGGCAUCUGUUGUGCUCAUCCAGACCCUAAGGAACGGCCUCCCAUAAGCAAAGUGAUAACCUUUUUGAACUUCGAUACUUCGCCACCCAUUCUCCCACCAAAGUUGCCCAUCCCGACAUAUAUCGUGCCUCCAUCUUCGAUUCCUGAAUCGUUGCAUGUUUUGUCUAGCAGCUUCAGAAGAAGUGAACCACGGAGCACUUACGGUACCGAACUGUCCACAUUUACUAGCUCUUCCAAGGAGUCUUCCAAUUCAUCUUCUUCUGCAUUGCUUCGGAAUACAAUGUAAGUUCACUGUUUUUAUGGGUUCUGGAUUGCAACCCUUCGGUUGUAUGAUUUGUAAUGUGCACAAGUGAACAUUUGGUUUCUAGUUUCUGUUUGAUCCUUAUCGUGUGAGAUAUUGGUGGUAGUAUUUGAUGUGGAUUUUGAUGUGAAAAUGUGGUGUAUGAGUGUUUAUGGGAAAA